GUCCUUACGCGGCCUCCCUCCCCUCGUGGGAAACGGCCCGUGGCCUGGGGAUCCACGCGGCGAGAAGGCGGCGAGCGAGCCCGGGAGGGGAGGACCGAGGGCCCCGGGGCCCCCGCGUGGCUGGGGCGAUCUGGCGGAGGUGAUGGUGCCUCCCGGGGCGCCGUGGACUGCAAGGCGUCCGCGGUGCAGACGGAGCUGUGUGUAGUAUCCUGAAGCCAUCGAAGCCUGUGUGACGGUGGAAGGCCUGGGACAAAUUUAAGAAGAGCGAGCGCUGCCUUCUUCAGAGUGAAAAAUGAAUGAAUUACAGGAACAAGUGUCUUUCAAAGAUGUAUGUGUGCAGUUCACUCAGGAAGAGUGGUAUCUGCUGGAUCCUGCCCAGAAGAUACUUUACAGAGAUGUGGUCCUGGAAAAUUACAGCCACCUUGUUUCAAUAGGUUAUUGCAUUACUAAGCCAGAAUUGAUCUUCAAGAUUGAGCAAGGAGAAGAGCCCUGGAUAUUUGAGGAUGGAUUCCCAAGCCAGUGCUACCCAGAAGAUUGGAAAGUUGAUGACCUGAUGAAGAACAGCCAGGAAAAUCAAGAUGAACAUUUUUGGCAGCUUCCUUUUACCACAAAUAAAACAUUAAGUGUGGAUAGUGGUAAUCGAGUAAAGAAAACUCUCAGUCUAGGCAAAGACUAUAUUAUUUCAAGAAAUUUUCCAUACAAGAUAUGUGACUCAUGUGAAAUGAGUCUGAAAAAUAUUUCAGGAUUAGUUAUUAGUAGAAAAAACUAUUCUAGAAAGAAAGCUGGUGAACUGAAUGUGUAUGAGAAUUUGCUUCUUGAUAUUAGGCAUGAGAAAACCAAUGGAGGGAGAUCUUAUAAAUACAUUCAAAAAAGGAAUUUUCUCAGUCAUAGCCAGGAUCUCAUCCAGCCCAUUUUUGACCAGCCUUUUGAAAAUGGACAAGACUUCCAUGAUGAAACAGCCUUUUUCACAAAUAAGGGUGCUCAGAUGGGAGAGAUACCCUUUAAGUAUAAUGAAUGUGGAAGAACCUUCGUCCAAAGUUUAAAACUCAAUUUGUCUCAGAGAGCCAGUUUGGAAUUGAAGCCAUAUGAAUGCAGCAUUUGUGGGAAGUCCUUGUAUUUGAAUUUAAGAUUGGGACAUCAUAGAGUUCUCCCAGGGGACAAUCCUUAUGACUAUAAUGGAUAUGGGCAAAUGUUCUGUGACAGUUCAACUUUUGUAGUCCGUCAGGGAGCUUAUACGAGAAAGAAUCCCCGUGAAUAUAAAGUCAGUCACAAAACCUGGGAAAAACCAGCCCUCUUUAAACAUGAAAUAGUACACCUGGGGGAAAAGCCUUAUGAGUAUAAUGAAAACGGAAAUUCUUUCAACAAGAAAUCACAGCUCACCCAACUCCGGAGAGUUCACUCAGGUGAAAAAACGUUCGAAUGUGGUGAAUGUGGGAAAACGUUCUGGGAGAAGUCAAACCUCACUCAGCACCAGAGAACACACACGGGAGAGAAACCCUAUGAAUGUUCUGAAUGUGGGAAAUCCUUUUGUCAGAAACCACACCUCACCAACCAUCAGCGAACACACACGGGAGAAAAACCGUAUGAAUGUAAGCAAUGUGGAAAAACAUUCUGUGUGAAAUCAAACCUCACUGAACACCAGAGAACCCACACAGGGGAGAAGCCCUAUGAAUGCAAAGCAUGUGGAAAAUCCUUCUGUCACAGGUCAGCCUUAACUGUGCAUCAGAGAACACACACAGGAGAGAAACCUUUUAUCUGUAAUGAAUGUGGGAAGUCCUUCUGUGUGAAAUCGAACCUUAUUGUACAUCAAAGAACUCAUACAGGGGAGAAACCGUACAAGUGUAAUGAGUGUGGGAAAACCUUCUGUGAGAAAUCAGCUCUUACUAAGCAUCAGCGGACUCACACAGGGGAGAAACCCUACGAGUGUAAUGGAUGUGGGAAAACCUUUAGUCAGAGGUCAGUUCUCACCAAACAUCAGAGAAUUCAUACAAGGGUGAAAGUUCUUUCAAACUCCUGAAUGUUCAGAGGCCUUCAUCUUCCUUUCAUAUUACUCAUCGAGUUUCAAAACUAAGGUGAAUGAAACUGAAAGAAUGCCGCAACUCACUAGAAACUGCUCUCAUUGUGUUUCGUUAAUAGUAUAUAAGAUAAUGUUAAUGUUUUGAAUUUAUGAAAGCUUUCAAGAAAAAAACAUUUUAGCCAAAACUAUGUAAUGAGGGGAAUGUGUUUAUCCAAAUAACAUGGUAAAGAUCUUUCUCUAGAACUUAUGCUAAAUGGUAUCAUAUUCCAGAAUGAUAGUGAAUCUUUACCUUAAGUAUAAUAGAUGAUAUGCAUUUAUACCCAUAUUCACAGUGAGGUCUGCAGCUUUAAAAGGGUUGAAUGACAACAUCAUUAAACAUACAUGUGAAGAGUGAGUAUGCUACUAUAACAAAAAUUGGGGGAUGCUUGAAUUGUGUAUUGUAACCCAAUGUGUUAGUGAAGAGAAAAUGUAGUCCUUAGUUGUAUACUAAUUAAGUUUUCUAUUAAUAUUUUCCAUACUAAAUACCACCAGUAUCUCUCUUGGUUGACAUACAUGUACAUAUGUUUGUGUAAAUAUAUUUAUAUAUACCUUAUAUAUACCCAUACACCUAGUGAUGUGCUUUAUUAAGGUAAAAUUGACUUGCAAGUACUACCGACAGUUAAAUUUUCAAGAUAUUUGUGAGUCAGUUGUUAAAUAUAGUCAUAAAAAUCUUAGAUCACUUAAACUUACUAUUUAAAUAUAUUUAACAGAAAUGUAAUAAAUAUUCACUUUCAAAAUAUUUUACAUUUUAUUGUUAUGGAUUCUUAUAUUCCUUUGGAUACUUUGCUUGCUUUGGCUUACAUUAUUGAAUAUGCAUGGUGAAGUUACAUCUUCCAACUCUGCAUUCAGUACCAUCAUUUUGGGAGCUUGGCUUUAAAAGUGGGAAUAUUUAUGUCAUGGAAAUUACCAAACUCUAGAAAUCAGAGUUUUUAAUUUUCUCAGCUGGAAAAUUGACAAUUAUCAUUAUACAACUGUGCAUAUAUAAAACUGUUUUGAAAUUUUAAAGCAUGAAACACAUAGGCCUUCUAUUUUCUGACAUGAAUAAAUGUCUAUGGUGAUUAUUGCUGAACUGCCUCUUCAAUUAAAAAGCCAGAGUAAGUUUUACGAGGUUUCUAACUACCUCUGCAUAAAUUCCAUUCUGAAUGCUACCACAGUCUCCUUAUAGUUUGGCCAUGUUAUGUUAUUUUUGAUCUACUCUUAACUUUGCUGGCAUAAAUGAAUAAAUAUGGUCUUUAUUGCUGAGCUACUACUUUAACUGAAAGGGCAAACUCUUUCUGAAUUCUUUUUGAAGCUGCUUCUGAGUCAUUCAGGAAUAUGAAUGCUGUUAAUAGCAAUGGUAUUUACAAAAAUGUUGCGAAGGUUCAUGUUUAUUAUAUAGUGCUAAUUAUAGUGCUCUAUAAUAAAUACUGCGCUUAAAAGGUGGCAGUAUGUAAAAGAAUACCUCUUUAAUACUCUUGUCAUUUCGUUGCUGUUUUUAUUUAGCUGUGUUGUGUAACCUGAGUUGUGUGAAACCCAAGAACUAUGUAUUUGUAUUUAUAUAUGUAUUAAUAUAAUAGAAAGUCAUACUUUGUCUCUUUUGUGCUACUCUUUCCUCUACCUUUUUUUUUUUUUUGAAAAGCCUGGACUCAGGUCAUUGAGCUGCAUAACUCUGUUUGGCCUGGUUCUCUACUAUACAUUACUACUUAGGUAUUAGCGGUUCGUUUAUCCUUGGGGCGGUUACUUAGAGCUGAAGGUAUUCUCCCCUCAAUACAGACAACUACUCUUCCAAGUUUUAAUGACCUAGAGAAUAAUUUUGGGGGAAGAAUGAUUUCUUUCGGGAAGUUCAUAUUAGGAAUAGCUGUUGUAUCAGCCGUGUGGUUGUCGUGAAAAUACUUAGGCUCCCACUAAGAGCAUUCUGAUGACAGACUUAGUGCAGUGGUGUGGGCCAGAAACAAGAGAUCUGAAGUACCCAGACCUAGUGUCAGCUAGAAGCUAUAACCUUUCAAAGUCCUAAAGGGGCAAAGGAUGGAAACAAGCAUUACAGAACCCAGCGAGACUGUGCUGAGGAAGGAGGGGCCACCGUGUAAGAGAUAUGGUGUCUCCCAGAAUCGUGGAAAUUGCUGGUGCCUCCCUUUGGAGAACCCAACCAGAUGCCAUCAGCUGGUGAGCCUGAGCGGUCACAGAAAACGGAAAGAUCUGGGUGGAGGCAAUGGAGAAUAAGUAGCACAGUUUUGGUUUUUUAUUUUUUAAAAUUUCUGUAAAUUCCUAUGUGAAAGCUCAAUGUUAGAAAUAAAGUUAUUCUGCUAGACAA